GCUGGUACCUGGCAACCGGCGACGACAUCUACGACGUGCCCCACAUCCGCCAUGUGCACGCCAAUGGCACCCUCCAGCUGUACCCCUUCUCGCCCUCGGCCUACAACAGCUACAUCCACGACAACGACUACUUCUGCACGGCCGAGAACCAGGCUGGCAAGAUCCGCAGCCCCAACAUCCGCAUCAAAGCUGUUUUCAGGGAGCCCUACACUGUGCGGGUGGCGGACCAGCACUCAAUGCGGGGCAACGUAGCAGUGUUCAAGUGCCUCAUCCCUGCUGCCGUCCAGGAGUACGUCAGCGUUGUGUCCUGGGAGAGGGACACCGUUUCCAUCGUCCCAGGUAACCGGUUCUCCCUGACCUCCUUUGGGGCUCUUUACAUCUCAGAUGUUCAGAAGGAGGACGGCCUGUCCACAUACCGCUGCAUCACCAAGCAUAAGUACAGCGGUGAGACGCGGCAAAGCAACGGGGCCCGACUGUCAGUCAUGGACCCCAGCGAGUCCUCGCCCACCAUCUUGGACAGUUUCCAAGCAGGGGAGGUGUACGCCGGCCAGAGCAUUGAGCUCCCCUGUGCGGCGGGCGGAUACCCGAGCCCCACCGUGCGCUGGCUGAAGGACGGUCGGCCGCUGCCCUCGGACGCUCGCUGGACACGGCGCCUGACGGGAUUGACCAUCAGCGACCUGAGGCAGGAGGACAGCGGCAGCUACGCCUGCGAGGUCACUAACAGCUUUGGCUCAAAGGAGGUGUCUGGACAGCUUCACAUUAUCGAUCCACUGCGGGUCACCUUGUCUCCGAAGAAUCUGAAAACGGGCAUCAGCAGCACGCUGUUCUUCACCUGCACCGUGGAGGGCUCUCCUGAAUACAUCAUCACCUGGUACAGGAACACGGAGCCCAUUGUGUCUGAUCAGCACAUCUCCAUUCAGGGCCAACACAAUGACACCCUGCAGAUCACUGCAGCGCAGAAGUUCCACUCUGGGGCCUACCAGUGCUUCGCUUCCCGGAAGGGCCACACUGCUCAGGACUUUUCCAUUAUUUUAUUAGAGGAUGGUACUCCUCGAAUCGUGUCUUCCUUCAGCGAGCGGGUGGUGAACCCCGGCGAGCCUUUCUCCCUCAUGUGUGCUGCAAAAGGAGCUCCGCCCCCUUCCAUCACCUGGACGCUGGAUGACGAGCCCGUCGUACGGGACUCCACCUACAAGACCAGCCAGUACACUCUGUUGGACGGCCUCACCGUGUCUCACGUUAACGUCAGCAGUCCGCUCAUUCGAGACGGGGGAGUGUAUCGUUGCGUCGCACGCAACUCGGCCGGUAGCGCCGAGUACCAAGCGCGCAUAAACGUAAGAGGUCCACCUCGAAUUAGACCCAUGCGAGACAUCACAGCAGUGGCGGGCAGAAACACAUAUAUAACAUGCCGCGUGAUUGGGUACCCCUAUUACUCCAUCAAGUGGCUGAAGGAUGGCAUGCAGCUGCCUGAUAAUCAUCGACAAGUGGUGUUUGAGAACGGCACCCUGAGGCUCACGGACGUGCAGAAGGGCGCCGACGAGGGAACCUACUUGUGUAGCGUUUUGAUCCAACCCCAGGUGUCAAUAAACCAGACUGUUCAUGUCACCGUCAAAGUGCCACCGCUCAUCCAGCCCUUUGAUAUCCCCUCUACCUCAGUGGGGAAGCUCAUGUACAUCGCCUGCGUGGUGUCAUCCGGGGACAUGCCCAUACGCAUCACCUGGCACAAAGACGGCCAGCUCAUUGUGCCGGGCUCAGCCUCUGGCGUCGCGAUAGAGACCAAAGAGUUCAUGAGCUCCCUGCAGAUCUCCAAGGUUACGCUGAAGCACAACGGAAACUACACCUGCCUCGCCAGCAACGCUGCUGCCACCGUCAGCUGGGAGAGACAGCUGAUUGUCACGGUGCCGCCACGCUUUGUGGUGCAGCCCAACAACCAGGACUGCAUUUAUGGGAAAGCUGGCGUUCUGAACUGCUCAGUGGAGGGUUACCCCCCUCCAAAGGUCAUGUGGAAACACGCUAAAGGUGUUGGGAACCCCCAGCAGUACCAUCCGGUCCCCCUCACAGGCCGCAUCCAGAUCAUGUCAAAUGGCUCUCUGCUGAUCCGACAUGUCCUGGAGGAUGACCGGGGGUACUACCUCUGUCAGGCCUCCAACGGUGUGGGCUCGGACAUCAGUAAGAGCAUGAUCCUCACUGUCAAAAUUCCUGCCAUGAUCACCAGCCACCCCAACACCACCAUGGCUAGGAAGGGCCAGACCAAGGAGCUGAACUGCACGGCGCGAGGCGAGCAGCCCAUCAUUAUCCGCUGGGAGAGAGGAGACACGGUCAUCGAUGCGGAGAGAAACCCCCGAUACUCCAUCACCAUCAACAAGAAGGGGGAUGAAGUCAUCUCCACCCUGAAGCUGAACCCAGCCGAGCGAGGAGACUCCGUCUUCUUCUCCUGUCACGCUAUCAACUCCUACGGAGAGGGUCGAGGGCUCAUCCAACUCACAGUGCAAGAACCACCAGAUCCCCCCGAGCUGGAAGUCAGGGAGGUGAAGGACAGGAGCAUGAACCUGCGCUGGAUCCAAAGGUUUGAUGGCAACAGCAUCAUUACCAGCUAUGACAUUGAGUACAAGAACAAGUCAGACUCCUGGGAUCACAUGUACACGACCAGAAACAUCUCUCCAACCAACAAUCAAGCCAACAUCGUGGAGCUCCACCCAGCCUGCGUCUACAGCAUCCGCAUGUACUCCUACAAUAAAAUCGGCCGCAGCCUCCCCAGCAAAGAACUCACGAUCAGUACCGAGGAAGCACCACCUGACGGACCUCCGAUGGAAGUCGUCCUCCAGCCGAUGACGUCUCAGAGCAUACGAGUUACAUGGAGGCGGAGAAAAUGGGGAGAGAUGCAGAACAUCACCACCACACGAGAGCAGGUGGAGCUGCGAGGGCUCGAGAAGUUCACCAACUACAGCGUCCAGGUCUUGGCCUUCACGCAGGCCGGAGACGGGGUCCGCAGCAAUGUUCUGUACAUCCAAACCCGCGAGGAUCUUCCCGGUUCGCCAGCUGGCAUCAAGGCUGUUCCUUCCUCUCCGAACAGCGUGGUCGUGUCCUGGUUACCUCCUCUCAAACCAAACGGCGUCAUCCGCAAGUACACCAUCUACUGCUCCAGUCCAGGGUCUGGACAGCCGGCGCCCAGCGAGUACGAGGCCAACCCGGAGAUGCUCUUCUACCGCAUCACGCACCUCACCCGCGGCAAGCAGUACCACAUCUGGGCCGCUGCCGUGACGACCGCUGGCCGAGGCAACAUCAGCUCAAAGGUCACAGUGGAGCCUGCUGGGAAAGUCCCGGCCAAGAUCCUGUCUUUUGGGGGCACAGUGACCACCCCAUGGAUGAAGGAAGUGCGUCUGCCCUGCAGCUCAGUGGGAGAGCCCACCCCCACGAUUAAAUGGACCAAAGAAAGCGAGGACUCCGCCGUUCCCGUGACAGCCGACAGCCAGAGGCAGGUCUUAUCCAACGGCACGCUGGUGCUGCGGUCAGUCAAAGCGGAGGAUUCUGGGUACUACACCUGCACGGCUACCAACACUUUAGGCUUCGACACCAUCAUAGUGAACCUGGUGGUGCAGGUUCCUCCUGACCAGCCUCGCCUGACCGUCUCCACCACCUCCACCUCCUCCAUCACCCUGGCUUGGAUUCCUGGGGACAACGGAGGCAGCUCCAUCAGAGGAUUUGUGCUGCAGUAUUCUGUGGACAACACAGAGGAAUGGCGGGACGUGUUCAUCAGCUCCACUGAGCGUUCCUUCAGGCUGGACAAUCUUCGCUGCGGAACGUGGUACAAGGUCAAGUUGGCCGCAAAGAACAGCGUGGGGUCAGGACGCAUCAGUGAGAUCAUCGAGGCAAAGACACACGGGAGAGAGCCGGUUUUCAACAAGGACCAGCCGCUGCUCACCCACAUCAACUCCACCCACGCAGGACUCAACCUGCAGGGCUGGACCAGCGGCGGCUGCCCCAUCACUGACCUCAUGCUGGACUUCAGGCCCAAAGGCACCUGGGCCUGGCAGAGCCUCAAGGCCAACUCAACAAAUCAGCUGUUCCUCAGCGAGCUGCGCGAGGCCACGUGGUACGAGCUCAAAAUGAAGGCGUGCAACAGCGCCGGCUGUGGGAACCAGACCUCCCAGUUUGCUACAACCGACUACGACGGCAGCACGAUCCCGCCUAUUAAAUCAGCUCGUGGAGAGGGCGAUGACGUGAAGAAACUGUUCUCCAUCGGCUCUCCGGUCAUCCUGGUUACCCUGGGGGCGGCCUUGCUCUUCAUUAUCCGCAAGAAACGCAAAGAGAAGAGGCUUAAACGGCUCAGAGAUGCAAAGAGCCUGGCAGAGAUGCUCAUCAGCAAGAACAACCGCAGCAUAGACACGCCGGUGAAGGGCCCCCCUCAGGGGCCCAGGCUCCACAUCGACAUCCCUCGUGUUCAGCUCCUCAUCGAGGAUAAGGAAGGCAUCAAGCAGAUAGGAGAUGACAAGGCGGCGGUGCCGGUGACAGACACCGAGUUCAGCCAGUCCGUGAACCCACAGAACUUCUGCACGGGCGUGUCUCUGCACCACCAAGCUCUCAUCCAGAACUCGGGGCCUCUGAUCGACAUGUCGGACAUCCGCCCGGGCACGAACCCCGUGUCCAGGAAGAGCAUCAAAUCGGCGCACAGCUCCAGGAACAGGUACUCCAGCCAGUGGACGCUGAGCCGGCCCUGUCAGAGCCAGUCCACGGCCUCGGCACGCACCCUGACCUCAGACUGGAGGACGAUGGGCUCUCACGGCAUCACGGCGACAGAGAGCGACAGCUACAGCGCCAGCCUCUCCCAAGACACAGAUAAGGGUCGGAACAGCAUGGUGUCCACAGAGAGCGCCUCCUCCACCUACGAGGAGCUGGCCAGAGCCUAUGAGCACGCCAAGCUGGAGGAGCACCUGCAGCACGCCAAGUUCACCAUCACAGAGUGCUUCAUCUCCGACAGCUCCUCCGACCAGAUGACCACAGGCACCAACGACCCGGCAGAAAGCAUGACCUCCCUCAGCACGCCGUCCGAACCGGGAAUCUGCCGCUUCACCGCCUCGCCACCCAAACCACAAGACUACGACCGGGGGAAAAAUGUGGCUGUGCCCAUCCCCCACCGAGCUAACAAAAGUGAGUUCUGCAAUCUACCGCUCUAUAUGAAGACAGACCCAUUCUUCCGUAAGCAAGGGGACCUUCAUGACCCGUGCCCAGCUGUACCACCGAGGGAAGCCUCAAUCCGCAGCCUGACGCAGCGGCCGUAUCACACACAGGGCCGUCACAAGACUCUCGACCCCACCAAGCAGCAGGCCCUGACGCUGGGCCAUUCUGGGCUGGGCAGCCUGGGUGCGAGCUCGGGCACCGCCACCCUGCCCCAGAGGACUCUCACCAUGCCCAGCUCUAACAAUGCAGCAACAGCUUCCACGUCCAGCACGAGCAGCAACCCCCCCAGCAGCAACAAGGUGGGAGGCUCCAGAGACUCGCUGCUAGAGAGCAGCUCCUCUGCUCUGGGAAGACUGCAGAAACAGAGUGUGGGGGCCUACUCCAAGUCUUACACACUGGUGUAGUCCAGCCCCGCCUGCACAGACUCGCUUCGCUGUCCCGCUCCUCAGCCAGCACCACUCUCUGGUACUCAUCUACAGCUGGGCCAGAAUGGCCAUGCAGCCAUCUUUCUUUAAACCAAACUUACGGUGGACUGCCCAGCUUCCUGUCGUAUUUUCUUCAGCAAGAGGGAUCCACUCACCCCCACCCUCCCUACCCCCCUCCCAGACAGAGACCCAGCUAACUCUACUUUUCACGUUCACACAAACGAACUACUAACUUCAACUAACAGUUCCAGCCGGCUGGUGCUCAGCUCCACUCGAUUCCUGCAGGAGACACAGCAGAAAUAUUUAAAAAGAAUGUGAUUUCUGUGUUUAGAAAUAUUGGCUGCAACCGAAGAGCUUCUAAAGCUCUGUGCUC